AUGGAGCCGAUCCCAACCGCCGAUGUGACAUCGAUUUCACGCCGUUCUCUCGCGCCGUCGAACACGCCUCUCUACCUGUCUCGUGGCGGCAAUGUCACACAGGGACAAAUUUUGCACCAUGCAGUCAAUAGAGAUUCCGACGCAGUCGAUGUCUUGAAGCUUCUCAUUGCUCGGGGUACUCCAAUUAACGCCCUCUUGUACCAGAACCACCAACCUUCUUGGAACAUGAAUUUCUUUAUGGGAGAAACUCCUCUCCACAAGGCUGUGUUUCUUCGCAAGCUGGAUGUUAUUCAUUACCUUCUCAGCGAAGGGGUAGAUUUGAACAUCCUCGACGUCAGAAAUCACAGUGAUACAAUGCGCAGAUGGGCAGAUUCGAAAAGAAACCACGGGAAUGUUAGGGUAUUAGCUAUGGCACCUUAUGCCAUCAGUUAUGUACAUGCUUCCAGGUUGCCAGUUUAUUUAUGA